CGCGGUGCGACCUCAGCUUGGCGGCGACCAUGUUUUGAUAACACCCAGAUAUGAUUGUGAUCACUCGACUAGGGGGUCUUCUUUCACGAUCUGAUAAAGACGAUAUAUCAGUGAACGGAAAGCACAGUCCAGCUUGGACCCAUUCUCGAAGAGCUUACCUGCAGUAAGCAGCCACAUGCCUGCGUGGCAUGGCUAAACAAGUACCGCUUUGACAUGCCGCAGUGUCUGGAAGCCGAAAUAGCACACUGAUUCACUUGAUAUUGGGAUUAUGCAGCAGCCGAGGCUUACAAAUGGACUCACUCCUGAGAAUCCCCGCACCCCGCCCUUUGCCAAGGUCCCAUGUAAGCUCGAUGGGCUGAUCAUCGUGAGUGGUGCUGCAAUGAAGACAGCCAUGCACUUAUAAAGUCAGCCUAAUCCGUGAGAAUCGACUUCUCCACUAGUCUCCCGUUUUCAAUAUCAAAAUAUUAAAGAUACACAAUCUGGAACUUAAGCUGCCAACAUGACGGUAUCCGAGCCAUUGGACUUUACAACCUUUUUCAAUGUCAUUGACAACCAACUGAGUUCGACUUCACAAACCCGACACGGAGUCAACCCCGCCAACACUCACCCCAACCCACCCGUCCCAGUCUCAACCCAAAAUGAUCUCGACAAGGCUGUGAAAGCCGCAAGAGCAGCCUUCAAGACCUGGUCCAAGACCUCCUUCGAUGACCGUCGAAAAGCCCUGCUCGCCUGGGCCGAUGCUAUCGACGCCAAUGCAGACGGCUUCGCAAAGACCCUAACAAUGGAGCAGGGCAAGCCUUUGACACAAGCAACCGCCGAAGUCGGAUUGGCGGGCAUCUGGACCCGCGGCCUGAGCUCAAUCGAAAUCAAGGAGAACGUCAUCGAGGAAACCGAUGAUCGCAAGGUCAUUCAGCGCUAUACACCCAUGGGCGUGGUGGGCGCCAUUGUCCCCUGGAACUACCCCGUUUUGCUGGCCGCGGGCAAGAUCGUCUCUGCUGUGUAUACCGGAAACACCGUUAUCGUGAAACCAUCUCCAUUCACCCCAUACUGUGACUUGAAACUUGUGGAGUUGGCAACCCGAUUCUUCCCCCUGGAGUUCGGUGACGACUCCCUCGGUCCCAUGGUCACCGAACACCCGGGCAUCGACAAGAUCAGUUUCACAGGCUCGAUCAUAACAGGAAAGCGGGUGAUGGCAUCCUGCGCCAGGACACUCAAGCGAGUAACCCUCGAACUAGGCGGAAACGACCCAGCAAUUAUCUGCGAAGACGUUGACAUCGACACCAUUAUCCCAAAGAUCGGUAACCUCUCCUACCUCUGCAGUUCCCAAAUCUGCAUGAUGAUCAAGCGACUCUACGUCCACGAAAAAAUCUACGACGAAUUCCUUAACAAGCUAGUCGCAUUCGUGAAAACAUUGAAGGUAGGCGAAGGCACCGAAUCAGACGUCUUCUUCGGACCCGUCCAGAAUGAAAUGCAAUUCAAGAAAGCCAAAGAUCUCUUCAGCUCGAUCACAACGGAGAAUCUCAAGGCUGCCCUGGGUGGAUCCAUCGAAUCAUCCACUGGAUAUUUCAUCCACCCCACUAUCAUCGAUAAUCCCCCCGAAUCAUCGCGAGUCGUGCAAGAGGAGGCUUUCGCGCCUAUUCUGCCUAUUAUGAAAUGGUCCGAUGAAGAUGAUGUGGUUGAACGUGCGAAUGCGUUGGAGACUGGCUUGGGGUCGUCGGUUUGGUCGAAGGAUUUCGAGAGGGCUACUCGUAUUGCGGAUCAGCUUCAGUCUGGCUCUGUUUGGGUUAAUAACCACUUUGAUCUGUCGCCUACUGCGCCCUUUGGUGGGCAUAAGCAGAGUGGUAUGGGUGUUGAGUGGGGUUUGACUGGGUUGCUUGGGUAUUGUAAUUCGCAGACUCAGUGGCUUAAGAAGAGCUUUUAG